UUUUCAAUAUUAUUUAUUUUGAAAUAAAUUAUAAUAAUGAGUAAAGUUAGUAAAGGUGGAUUUUCCUGUGUCAUGUGUAAAAACAUAUCUGGACGAAACGCAGGAAUAAAAUUUUUUCGUUUUCCAAAAAAUCCAUUUAUUUAUUAUUGUUUAACCUCAUUUCAGAAUUUAACUUUUUUUAACUUUUUCUGUAAUUUUUUUUAUUUAUUCACUUAUCUCUUUAAUAACAAUUUGACACGAAUCAUAAAAAAUAUUUUUACUAUCUUUUUUUGUUUUAUAUCUUCGAAUAACGCGCUUUCUUACAAUCCAAAACAUGGCGGAUGGUCACGUGACUAGGUAACAUAAACAUCAAAGGUUCCGACUGUACUGUCGUAACUGGUUAUAGCUAAACUGUGAUAUCGUUCUAUCCCAUAGAAGAUGCGGACAGCUCCGCUCACAGAAGGUUGACUCUAUAUUAUAUAUCUCUAUGGUUUACACCGAGCACUUGGUACGCGUAUCAAAUAGUAAAUAACUAGUGAAUGUGUUUAAUCAUUGGCUGAUCAGCUUAAAUUCACUACUUGAUACACGUACCAAGUGCUCGGUGUAAACUAGAGCUAUGACGCACGUUCUAUUCCGCAGCUCUAUUCCGCACCAUGUGAUUUCAGCUUCAGUCCGAUAUAUCUUCAGGCUACAUUCCAAAACGUCCUUUCCGAGGAAAAUUUUACUCGAAAUAUAUAGUACACGUAACGUAUCCUAUAUUAUCCCCUGUGCAUCGUGCAUCACUGCCGGGAGUACCGGGGCCGCAAUCUACGAUCGCUGCCGUAUGUUCUGUAAUGUUUUUCUACCAUGGCGCUGCAGCAGGACAAGGUCGAUCUUUUGAAGAUUCUUGAGGACGACUGGGCGAACGACGAUUACGACUCGUUGGUACCGUUGGCGUAUAUAGCGAAUGCAUUCUCUCCCCCGUUAAAAACAAUGGCGGUACUGUCAAAGGAUGCGAUUAUGUCUCCAGCUACCAAGCUCAGCAACAUGACAUCAACGAUGAAUAUUAAGAACGUAACUGCUUUGAAGAACUUUGAUCUCUUCCUCGACAACACGAACAACAAUAACAAUACCAAGAAGAAAAUCAAUGAAGAGAAUACCAAAGAGAAGAAAUACUAUCCGUUAUUCACCAAAAGAUAUUCUGUACCUGAUAAAAUCUUUGAAAAAACAAGUAAGGCUAAUACUACGAAAACAGUGAAAAGAAACAUGCAGUGGCAGCUAUCUGCAAAAGGUGGUGGUGCAGAAGGUCAAUGUCAAUUGGACAUUGGUCAGAAACAUUUUGGCACCACUCAGUGUCCAGCUUGUAGUGUUGUCUACCAAUUGGGUGAUCCCGGGGAUGAAAAUGCUCAUUUGAAUUAUCACAACAGCAUACGGACUCUAAAAUUUCAGGGAUGGAAGAACGAGCGUGUUAUACUGGAGGAUCAUUUUACUUCCAGCAGAAUAAUCUUGGUUGAACCACAUGAUCCUAAGCAACACUGGAAGAAGGUACUGGAAAUAUUGGCUGUUGUAGAUAAAGAUUUGGGACUGGCGGAGAUGGAUAGUUCAGAUUAUCAGAGCAAACAAAUCUAUUUGUAUGUACGCGAAAAAAGGGUUAUUGGAGUAUUGGUGGCGGAAUAUAUUGAGAAAGCAUUUCGCAUGAUUCCUGAAGAAUUAAUUAAGCUCAAUUGUUGCACUGCCGAGAGUACACCUACGAAAUGUGGCAUAAACGUUGUAUGGGCCGCAAUGAGUCAUCGCAAACAGGGUAUAGCUACUAAACUCGUUGAUAUUUUAAGAGCAAAGUUUUUUUACGGUUACGUCAUGUCGUUGGAUGACAUAGCGUUCUCAAUGCCUACUCCAGAUGGUAAAAUCUUUGCUGAGAAAUACACCAAAACGAAGAACUUUAAGGUUUACAAUUAAAUCUGCUAUAUUUAAGUUCCUACUUGGUCUAAAUAUCUUUUGAACCAUUAGCAAAACGUCUAUUUAUAUUACACAUUUUAUCUUAUUUUAUUAAUGAUUGUUUUGUGUCUAUAAAACUUUUAUGACAGAUGUUGAUGAAUGAGAGCGAUAGGUUUUUUAAAUUUUAUGCAUUAACUUUAACAAGUUUGUAUACGUUUAAAUUGUUACAUUUUACUAUAUAAUUCUAUACCUAGUAAAAAAGAAAUGCUUUUUUAAAGUCAAUAGAUACCAAUAUAUACCAAAUAUUUGAAAAUUUAAGUUAGUUUAUAUAUAAUAUUAAAAGAUUAAAAAAUAUUUCGAAAUACAUUUAGUGAUUUCAUUUCUAUUCGAUCGAAUAUAGAAAUUCCUGUUUAAUUUAAUAUUUUAUGCAACAUAUGAAUAUGUUUAACACUAAGUUAUCAUAAAAUGUGUUAUAUAUUUAAAAUAAUCUGCGUUCAAUAAAGAAAUAACUGAAUUGAACUGA